AUGUCUCUGAAGGCAACAGACAUUAUCUUAGGGGACCGCGCACCACGGUCAUUCCUCGAACUUAACCGAGAGGACCCACGAGUGAUGCGCAACAGCCGAGAAAAUGAGGAAUCGCUGCCGUUCGUGUCCUUGCCAUGCGUGCACGCCACUCGCACGCACCCGACGUGCACUUCGAAGCAGCAACGCAACAUGUUCGUGAGCGGCGAAUCAGCCCAACUAGACUUCCCAGCGUACUCGUCGACGAAGAUGGUGAUGACGUCGCCUUUCAUCCCCACGGAGCGAGAGCACAACUUUUUCAUGAAGGACGAGGACAGUCAGAGUUUCGGCGACGGCGACGCACACAAGACGGUCAGACCGGGACUCGACAGUGCGCAGAGCUCCACAGCCACCUUCGACGCCGUGAUGCCGUGCAGAAUGAUCGCGACAGCGGCCGUGGUGACCCCCUCGGCGGGGACGCAGGACACCGCUGAUGUGAGUACCGCAACCACCUUCGACGUGCCUUCAGCCGCGCUGGAGGACCAGAACACUCCGCGUCAGCUGGAGCACACGGCGACGCACACGAAGACGGCGGUGCACAGCUACACGCAGGGCAAGCGCCGCUUCUCCCUCGUUGCCAAGGCACCAGCGUUUGACGCAGCGAGGGAGCAGCAAAGGAACUUGAUCACGAUGGGUCCCGACGAGUCGCUGCCGCUGUACAAGUUCGAGGAAAUCCCGCCUUGGCAGAGGUACAACCCGUAUAUCCGCAGCCGCUACCGGGCCUUCUAUACGGUCGAGAUGUGUUUCAAGAGCCUCCUAGGCUGGCAUAACGAGACCAUCAACGUGUGCUCGCAUCUUCUUACCUUUGUCGUCUUUCUCGUCUUAACCGCGCUGCUGUACACCACGGUGCUCAGCAAAGCUGUCACCGCCCCCUCUCUCAGCGCGUCCAAGCUGAUAUACGGCAUCUUCUGCUUCGGCUCCCUCAUCUGCAUGCUGAACAGCGCCAUCUAUCACCUCUUCAACAGCCACUGCAGCUGUCGCGUGAUGACAGCGAUGGGACGGCUGGACUUUAUAGGCAUCACAGCCCUCAUUGUGUCCAGCUUCUUGCCUCCGCUGUAUGUCAUGUUUCACUGCCACCCCGUAGCGCGAACUGUGUACAUUACGGCGAUCUUGCUGCUCAGCACGGCCGGUGUCAUCGGCCCGUGGACGGAUUUGUUUCAUAAGAAUGUACGAGUGCGGUUGAGCGUGUUUCUUGGGCUGGGUUUUAGCGGUCUGGCGCCGGCCCUCCACAGCCUCGCGAUUUUGCCCAUGAACGCAGCGAGCGUGUCGACGCUGCUUGGCAUUUGCCUGAUGGUGGUCCUCUACUGCAGCGGAGUGGCUUUCUAUGUGACUCAGUUUCCGGAGUCUCGCUACCCUGGCCACUUCGACUGCUGGCUCUCCAGUCAUCAGCUUUGGCACUUCUUUGUCUCCAUGGCAGCCCUGGUGCACUACUGUAACUGCGUUAGCAUGUACCAGAUGUGGCAAGUGAGCGAUGGCAUGUGCGGAUGA